UUCCGAAUGAACUUCGUGAACUUAAGUUCUCGUGCACAGUGACGCAGGAGAGGUAUCUCCCGUACGUACACUAACCGUAGCAUCAAUCAAUCUCACCGUAACAACAACUUGAACCCAUCGCACUCUACUAUGUACAGAAUCAAUCCCAUCUUACCACCAACUACUACAUUACCAUCCAGUUCUGCAAGGCGAGCAUCCGUCUUCGCCAUCUACGUCGCUGCCGAGCUUCAAGAUAAUCCAUGAAUAGCAUCGGCAUUCGUUCUGAGGUGGUAGUUUGGUUCGGACAAGAACCUCCCAAGUGGGUGACGGACCUUGUCCAGUUCCACCUCGUCGAAGCCGUUCCCAAGUCAAAGUAUGAUUCUCAUAGACAAGGGGUCCUUGCCAAUUACGAACUCAAUUAAUAAAUUCACCCACGGCUGCGUCAUCCCACUGCCGAAUUGUGUAGAAAAGUUUGUCAAGGAACGCGAUGUGCCUGCGUCUCAGUUCAGCAGAGUUCCUGUUUGUAUCGAGCCCA